AUGGACACGGCGUCACGUUCUUCUCCUUUGAGCGAGGGGUCCCGUAGAUGUGCUCUCGAAUACGAGUGGCAUUUGGGGUCACGGAACCUUGAGUUAGUUCCUAUCAGAGGCACAUUGCCCGCCAGCAUGGGCAACAUGACCAACCUGCAAGAGCUGACCAUCAGUGUGAGUGACCACGACACCACAGGAGCUGCCCUCACAGGGCCCAUCCCUGAGUCAGUCUCCAACCUCAAGAACCUCACUUUGCUCGAUCUCACCAACAACAACAUCGGGCCGCUCACUGACAGCAUCGGCACCAUUCCCAACCUCGAGUACAUCAUGCUCUCAGGCAACAACUUCACAGGCAGCACCAUUCCCAGCAUCAUCACUGCCCUUACGAGCCUCAUCGUGCUGGACCUCGACUACACAGGGGUGGGAGGCUCUAUUCCAUCCGGCCUCGGCUCGCUGCCUUACCUUAAUACCCUUAACCUUCCUCCUUCAUCUCACCUUCCUCCCUUCAUCUCACCUUCCUCCCUUCAUCUCACCUUCCUCCCUUCAUCUCACCUUCCUCCCUUCAUCUCACCUUCCUCCCUUUAUCUCACCUUCCUCCCUUCAUCUCACCUUCCUCCCUUCAUCUCACCCUCCUCCCUUCAUCUCACCUUCCUCCCUUCAUCUCACCUUCCUCCCUUCAUCUCACAUUCCUCCCUUCAUCUCACCAUCCUCCCUUCAUCUCACCUUCCUCCCUUCAUCUCACCUUCCUCCCUUCAUCUCACCUUCCUCCCUUCAUCUCACCUUCCUCCCUUUAUCUCACCUUCCUCCCUUCAUCUCACCUUCCUCCCUUCAUCUCACCCUCCUCCCUUCAUCUCACCUUCCUCCCUUCAUCUCACCUUCCUCCCUUCAUCUCACCUUCCUCCCUUCAUCUCACCUUCCUCCCUUUAUCUCACCAUCCUCCCUUCAUCUCACCUUCCGCCCUUCAUCUCACCUUCCUCCCUUCAUCUCACCUUCCUCCCUUCAUCUCACCAUCCUCCCUUCAUCUCACCUUCCUCCCUUCAUCUCACCUUCCUCCCUUCAUCUCACCUUCCUCCCUUUAUCUCACCAUCCUCCCUUCGUCUCACCUUCCUCCCUUCAUCUCACCUUCCUCCCUUCAUCUCACCUUCCUCCCUUCAUCUCACCUUCCUCCUUCAUCUCACCUUCCUCCCUUCAUCUCACCUUCCUCCCUUCAUUUCACCUUCCUCCCUUCAUCUCACCUUCCUCCCUUCAUCUCACCUUCCUCCCUUCAUCUCACCUUCCUCCCUUCAUCUCACCAUCCUCCCUUCAUCUCACCUUCCUCCCUUCAUCUCACCUUCCUCCCUUCAUCUCACCUUCCUCCCUUUAUCUCACCAUCCUCCCUUCGUCUCACCUUCCUCCCUUCAUCUCACCUUCCUCCCUUCAUCUCACCUUCCUCCCUUCAUCUCACCUUCCUCCUUCAUCUCACCUUCCUCCCUUCAUCUCACCUUCCUCCCUUCAUCUCACCUUCCUCCCUUCAUCUCACCUUCCUCCCUUCAUCUCACCAUCCUCCCUUCAUCUCACCUUUCUCCCUUCAUCUCACCUUCCUCCCUUCAUCUCACCUUCCUCCCUUCAUCUCACCUUCCUCCCUUCAUCUCACCAUCCUCCCUUCAUCUCACCUUCCUCCCUUCAUCUCACCUUCCUCCCUUUAUCUCACCAUCCUUCCUUCAUCUCACCUUCCUCCCUUCAUCUCACCUUCCUCCCUUCAUCUCACCAUCCUCCCUUCAUCUCACCUUCCUCCCUUCAUCUCACCUUCCUCCCUUCAUCUCACCUUCCUCCCUUCAUCUCACCUUCCUCCCUUCAUCUCACCUUCCUCCCUUUAUCUCACCUUCCUCCUUUCAUCUCACCUUCCUCCCUUCAUCUCACCCUCCUCCCUUCAUCUCACCUUCCUCCCUUCAUCUCACCUUCCUCCCUUCAUCUCACCUUCCUCCCUUCAUCUCACCUUCCUCCCUUUAUCUCACCAUCCUCCCUUCAUCUCACCUUCCGCCCUUCAUCUCACCUUCCUCCCUUCAUCUCACCUUCCUCCCUUCAUCUCACCAUCCUCCCUUCAUCUCACCUUCCUCCCUUCAUCUCACCUUCCUCCCUUCAUCUCACCUUCCUCCCUUUAUCUCACCAUCCUCCCUUUGUCUCACCUUCCUCCCUUCAUGUCACCUUCCUCCCUUCAUCUCACCUUCCUCCCUUCAUCUCACCUUCCUCCUUCAUCUCACCUUCCUCCCUUCAUCUCACCUUCCUCCCUUCAUCUCACCUUCCUCCCUUCAUCUCACCUUCCUCCCUUCAUCUCACCUUCCUCCCUUCAUCUCACCUUCCUCCCUUCAUCUCACCUUCCUCCCUUCAUCUCACCUUCCUCCCUUCAUCUCACCUUCCUCCCUUCAUCUCACCUUCCUCCCUUCAUCUCACCUUCCUCCCUUUAUCUCACCUUCCUCCUUUCAUCUCACCUUCCUCCCUUCAUCUCACCCUCCUCCCUUCAUCUCACCUUCCUCCCUUCAUCUCACCUUCCUCCCUUCAUCUCACCUUCCUCCCUUCAUCUCACCUUCCUCCCUUUAUCUCACCAUCCUCCCUUCAUCUCACCUUCCGCCCUUCAUCUCACCUUCCUCCCUUCAUCUCACCUUCCUCCCUUCAUCUCACCAUCCUCCCUUCAUCUCACCUUCCUCCCUUCAUCUCACCUUCCUCCCUUCAUCUCACCUUCCUCCCUUUAUCUCACCAUCCUCCCUUCGUCUCACCUUCCUCCCUUCAUGUCACCUUCCUCCCUUGAUCUCACCUUCCUCCUUCAUCUCACCUUCCUCCCUUCAUCUCACCUUCCUCCCUUCAUCUCACCUUCCUCCCUUCAUCUCACCUUCCUCCCUUCAUCUCACCUUCCUCCCUUCAUCUCACCUUCCUCCCUUCAUCUCACCAUCCUCCCUUCAUCUCACCUUCCUCCCUUCAUCUCACCUUCCUCCCUUCAUCUCACCUUCCUCCCUUUAUCUCACCAUCCUCCCUUCGUCUCACCUUCCUCCCUUCAUCUCACCAUCCUCCCUUCGUCUCACCUUCCUCCCUUCGUCUCACCUUCCUCCCUUCAUCUCACCUUCCUCCCUUCAUCUCACCUUCCUCCUUCAUCUCACCUUCCUCCCUUCAUCUCACCUUCCUCCCUUCAUCUCACCUUCCUCCCUUCAUCUCACCUUCCUCCCUUCAUCUCACCUUCCUCCCUUCAUCUCACCUUCCUCCCUUCAUCUCACCUUCCUCCCUUCAUCUCACCAUCCUCCCACCAUCUCACCUUCCUCCCUUCAUCUCACCUUCCUCCUUCAUCUCACCUUCCUCCCUUUAUCUCACCAUCCUCCCUUCAUCUCACCUUCCUCCCUUCAUCUCACCAUCCUCCCAUCAUCUCACCUUCCUCCCUUCAUCUCACCUUCCUCCCUUCAUCUCACCUUCCUCCCUUCAUCUCACCUUCCUCCUUCAUCUCACCUUCCUCCCUUCAUCUCACCUUCCUCCCUUCAUCUCACCUUCCUCCCUUCAUCUCACCUUCCUCCCUUCAUCUCACCUUCCUCCCUUCAUCUCACCUUCCUCCCUUCAUCUCACCUUCCUCCCUUCAUCUCACCAUCCUCCCACCAUCUCACCUUCCUCCCUUCAUCUCACCUUCCUCCUUCAUCUCACCUUCCUCCCUUUAUCUCACCAUCCUCCCUUCAUCUCACCUUCCUCCCUUCAUCUCACCAUCCUCCCAUCAUCUCACCUUCCUCCCUUCAUCUCACCUUCCUCCCUUCAUCUCACCUUCCUCCCUUCAUCUCACCUUCCUCCCUUCAUCUCACCUUCCUCCUUCAUCUCACCUUCCUCCCUUCAUCUCACCUUCCUCCCUUCAUCUCACCAUCCUCCCUUCAUCUCACCUUCCUCCCUUCAUCUCACCAUCCUCCCACCAUCUCACCUUCCUCCCUUCAUCUCACCUUCCUCCUUCAUCUCACCUUCCUCCCUUUAUCUCACCAUCCUCCCUUCAUCUCACCUUCCUCCCUUCAUCUCACCAUCCUCCCAUCAUCUCACCUUCCUCCCUUCAUCUCACCUUCCUCCCUUCAUCUCACCUUCCUCCCUUCAUCUCACCUUCCUCCCUUCAUCUCACCUUCCUCCUUCAUCUCACCUUCCUCCCUUCAUCUCACCUUCCUCCCUUCAUCUCACCAUCCUCCCUUCGUCUCACCUUCCUCCCUUCAUCUCACCUUCCUCCCUUCAUCUCACCUUCCUCCCUUCAUCUCACCUUCCUCCCUUCAUCUCACCUUCCUCCCUUCAUCUCACCUUCCUCCCUUCAUCUCACCAUCCUCCCUUCAUCUCACCUUUCUCCCUUCAUCUCACCUUCCUCCCUUCAUCUCACCUUCCUCCCUUCAUCUCACCUUCCUCCUUCAUCUCACCUUCCUCCCUUCAUCUCACCUUCCUCCCUUCAUCUCACCUUCCUCCCUUCAUCUCACCAUCCUCCCUUCAUCUCACCUUCCUCCCUUCAUCUCACCUUCCUCCUUCAUCUCACCUUCCUCCCUUUAUCUCACCAUCCUCCCUUCAUCUCACCUUCCUCCCUUCAUCUCACCAUCCUCCCAUCAUCUCACCUUCCUCCCUUCAUCUCACCUUCCUCCCUUUAUCUCACCAUCCUCCCUUCAUCUCACCUUCCGCCCUUCAUCUCACCUUCCUCCCUUCAUCUCACCUUCCUCCCUUCAUCUCACCAUCCUCCCUUCAUCUCACCUUCCUCCCUUCAUCUCACCUUCCUCCCUUCAUCUCACCUUCCUCCCUUUAUCUCACCAUCCUCCCUUCGUCUCACCUUCCUCCCUUCAUGUCACCUUCCUCCCUUGA